AUGGCACGUCGCGUCAUCGACCCAAGCACCAUCUCACCUUCCACGCAAUUACAUUCCCGCAGUUUUCCAAAACUCCCAGAUCGGCACAGCGAGGAGGUUACGAUGGAUUCAAGAGCUAUCCCUGAAUACGAUGACCUGGACAACUACAACGUCGACGACAUCGAUGACCCAUUCCGAUCUCCACCACCCGAGGCUAAGAACAGCAGCACAAAUAAGAGGAAGAAGGCAGAAGCAUUGGGACUUGACGAAGAGGUCGAGGUAGUAAAGCGAGCAAGAGUACCGCGAGUGAAGUUGGAUGAGGCUCGGUUGCUGUCAGAGAAUGGAAUCCCCAAGCUUCGGAAACGCGCCGCGAAGCUUGAGUUUAAGGGCAAGGGGAAUGAGUUCUCCGAUGCUGCUCGUCUUUUGACCUUCUACCAGCUCUGGCUAGACGACCUCUUUCCGAAAGCUAAGUUCCUCGACGCUCUGGCCAUGGUCGAAAAAGCCGGCCACAAGAAGCAGAUUGCACUCAAGCGGAUGGACUGGAUUAACGAGGGCAAACCCAAACCCUGGAAAGUAGAUGAGGACAAUAUAAAAGGACAAGCCCAGACAAUGGCUCAGCAGAAUGACAAUAUACCUUUGGCGCCCGCCCAAUCAACAAGUACUGGGCAACAACCACUACCACGAUCAAGAACACCGGAAGGGGGGGACGUACCAGAAGAAGAUGACUUGUACGAUGCCACCCCAAGGCAACAGGUUAAGGAGAGAUUCAGGCCGUCCCACGAAGAAUCGGAUGGCGAGGAUCUCGAUGCGCUGAUGGCGGAGGCGAAUAUUACAACCAAGACACAGGACCCCGCCGUAAACCCUGGCGCGGUAGAAGAGUUCGCAGAUGAAGAAGCUGCUAUGGCUGAGAUGGAUGGGUUGUGGUAA